GCAGGAGCAGGAGCAGGAGCAGGAGCAGGAGCAGGAGCAGGAGCAGGAGCCUUUGCCAGCCUCGAGAGCUGGUGUUCGUGAUUGAGCCCUGUCGCUGGACGUGGCUUGGGCGGCGGGAGUCCACAGCCCAGAUCGAGACAGUGCAGUGCGGCGCAGGACGAGCCGGGAAGGAUUGGACUCUCUCUGGACGGAAUCGCUGCACAGCUUAGCUUCGAGUCCAAAGAAUUCAAAGUCUGGGGAUUUGACAACUCCAGCAGUUUGUGAUUGUUCUUUGAUAGCGAGGCCAUGCUUUGACUGGACAACGGCCCAGAACAUUGGCUCGGCACCAGCUCAGUGGAACUCCUCCACUGAAUUACGUAGUUUUAAUUUCAACUUCCCACACUUUUCUUCAGCCCUUCCAUCUUCACACCUUCAUCAUGUCUGCUGACUCGGGAGUGUCAGAGUCCGAAUUCUGGUUAUUUGGUUACGGGAGUUUGAUAUGGAAACCUCCACCGCAUUUCGACCGACGUAUACCAGGUUUUGUAACUGGAUAUGUUCGCCGAUUCUGGCAGGUUUGUAUUUCUGUUAAUGGACACAGGUCGAGGGCUUAUGGAUGAAUCAGGCAAGUCAAGAUCAUCGAGGAACGCCUGAGGCACCAGGAAGAGUAGUUACUCUUAUCGAACGCUCGUUUUGGGAGACGUUGGACGACCCUCAUCCUUCCGGAUCCGAAAAGGUCUGGGGAGUGGCGUACCGAAUCGAAGCCUCGAAAGUCGCAGAAGUUCGCGAAUACCUGGACAUCAGAGAGAUCAAUGGAUACACCAUCCACUACACUCCAUUCUACCCUAGCGAUGGCUCUCCAACAAUACGGACACUUGUUUAUAUCGGCACACCAGACAAUGACCAGUUUAUGGGACCGCAAGAUCCAGACAGACUAGCGAAGCAUAUCAACACAAGCAUUGGCCCGAGUGGGUUAAACAAGGAUUAUCUUCUGCACUUGGAUGUGGCUCUGGAUAGUUUGAGUGCAGAGAGUGGAGAUGAGCACAUCAAAGACCUUGCCGAAAGAGUCAGGAAGCUCGAGCAUGCGGCGAAUCUUGAUGGAAGUCAGGCCACAGCAGAGGCACUCGGCCGUGGACUUGAGAAGGUCAGUAGCACAGACGAGCAAGAAGAGACGGAGAAGUAG